AUCCGACCCGAGCACAAAAAACGCAAAAAACCCAUCCCAGCGCAGAAAAAAACAAGUUUUUAAAUCGAAGUGUUGUGCAAGAUUUAAAUUUUCCAAGCUGUAUCGGGAAGAGUAUAUUUUAGAUCAGUGUUCCAACUGUUGACCAUGUUAUCGUUCUUCCGCAAGAAAACCUCGGAAGAUUUAACGACCCCAUCGACUGCAUCCAGCUCCUCAACAGAGAUGGGCACCGAAGCAGCAGAAGUUGCACUAUCACCUUCCUUAUCACAGCUCGGCUACCGAAGUGCUCAAGAUCUGAAAGAAACCAUCUACGAUUUCCUUCGCACCAUUCGGGACCCAGAGAAACCGAACACCCUGGAGGACUUAAAGGUGGUCUAUGAAGAGGGAAUAUUCGUGCAACAACCGACGGACGGUAACGUUUACGUGGUGCGCAUAGAGUUCAAUCCAACGGUUCCCCACUGCUCCCUGGCCACCCUGAUAGGGCUUUGCAUCCGAAUCAAAGUGCAGCGCAGUCUAAAUCACAACCUGAAGCUGGACAUCUACAUCAAGAAGGGUGCCCACUCGACCGAGGAAGAAAUCAAUAAACAAAUCAACGAUAAAGAGCGGAUAGCCGCAGCAAUGGAAAACCCGAAUUUGCGGAAACUGGUAGAAGAUUGCAUACAGGAAGAAGACUGAAAUAUGAAAUGCCAGCCUGUUAAUCGUUGAUGGUGGAUAGAGUUGCUCGUGGUUUUUUUAUCCAGUAAAUCUUGGUUUAUAUAGUGUUCGUUUUUCGGUAGAAUUUAAAUAUUAUAAAACUAUUUUGAUAUCAAUUCUCUA